GUGAACUACAGUUUUCAGGAUUCAGAUCCGACAGUAAGAGAGGAAGCUCUCCCAGCUUCUGUCACAGCAGGUAGAGACCAGAAACACCACACCUGGAUCACAGACAUGGAGAUGACAGCUGAGGAACAGCAGCAGGUGGAGGAGCAGGUGGAGAGGCUGCUGAGUGGGCAGGGGUCAGAGGUCACUGUGUGUGAUGUGGGCCUGGAGCAGAGCAAACCCGCCACCCUGAGGAAGAACGUCACCUACAUCGUCUGUGCUGUCAUCUUCAAUGAAAAGGGGGAGGUGCUGAUGGUCCAGGAGGCCAAACCGGACUGUUACAAACAGUGGUAUCUUCCUGCUGGGAGGGUGGAGGUGGGGGAGAGCCUGGAGGAGGCGAUGAAGAGGGAGGUGAAGGAGGAGGCGGGGUUUGAAAGUGAGCCAGUCACCUUGCUGCUCGUCCAGGAGCAGGGACCUCAGUGGAUCCGUUUCAUCUUCCUGGCCAAGGUCACAGGGGGAAGUUUAAAGAGUCUGUCAGCAGCAGAUCAGGAGUCUCUUCAGGCCUCGUGGUGGGACAGACAGUCAGAGCUCCAACUCAGAGGGCGGGACAUCCUCCGCCUCAUCGAAUCCGGACUGAAGUACCGUCUGAAUCCCUGCCAUCCUGUCACGCUACCCUUAGACCUGAGCUGCCGUCACGUGGUGCAGAGACUGGUGUUGGUCUUCGUCGGUGCUGAGGAGCACAUCUGGGUUCUGCUCAUCAGAGCCCCGGUGCCCCACCUCCCAACAGCGGCCGCGGUGAGGACCCACGCGGUGACCUGGGCGGCCAACAUGGUGGUGCAGGAAGCCAUGCAGUCGGCUUACUACGACCACGAUGUCAACACGCUGGGCGUGCUCAGCCUGCAGCACAACGGCCGACAGCACGGCAAGACGGACGGCGUGUGCUUCAACACGCUGGUGGCGCUGACGCCUGACCACGUCCAGCACGAUGAGGACGGGCACAAGGUGGAGUGGACACCGACGGGGCAGCCUCCGCGUGUGGAGCACCCUCGCUACGUCUGGCAUGAAGUCCAGAAACAAACGCUGAGGGAGAAACUGCUGGAGAAAACCAGAAACGCUGCCCUGGUACCGAUCCACAGCCUGUACUGACCGCCGGCGAGGCGCUCCGGGCGUACGGGGACGACACCAACUGUACUCUUUGAAAAGAACGAGAAGUUUUAGGUUUUAUUCUGAAAGGCAAUCUAUGCCAGUAACUGCAGCAAUAAAAUGAAAGCUAAUGACUGUCAGGGAAUCACUCCGACCGCCCCCAGGCUGGAGCUCCCGGGGUCGUCGGGGGCGGUCCAGGGUGGGGGGAGGGACCUCAGAGCCUUACUGGUCCUCUAUCAUGUAGAUUACGAGUUACUGAUUUGUUGUGAAGUUCUGUCUUCAGCUGAUUGAGGAUGUGCCCACCAUCGCUCACUGACCUGUGGAAAAGCUGAUCGUCACUUUACAGCUGGGUUGGAUUAUUCUAUAAUAACGUCGUUCAUGAGUAUGUUCGUAUCAUUAUCUACAUGUGCAACGUAUUUAGUUCAUUAUGACAUCUAUAAAGAGACUACUUCUCUGACAUCAUCACCAAAAACAGUCAUAACGCUCGGGUCUUAUUUUCUACAGUUGACAGGCUAACAAACCCUCCUGUGUCAGUGGCAGCUGAACUUCAUUCGACCAUGGCCUGCAAUCACUUUGCCAAAUUCUUCACAGAAAAAAUCCAAAAGAUUAGACAAGCAAUUGGUACAUCAACAGCAGAUCCAGGACAUGUACUGUGUCCACCGAAAAACUGUUUAAACACUGUUACGGGUUCCUAAUUGAGGACGAGAGUAAAACAAUGAUGGUCCAGAAGAGGUCGGUCAAACAAUUGAUUUUAAUGAAUGCACGCAGCGUGGAGAGGUGCAAACUGCAAAACAUCAGUUGUACAUCUCUGCCCAAAAUACACUCUAGAUUGCUUUUAUAACAUCAGGGUAUUGUAACGCCCCCUCUUGCGUUUACAGUCACAUAAUUUGCAUGUACAGAACAUUCAUGUAUUUUAAGAGAUAACUGCAGACACAGAAGUUCCCCAUCCAUCCAAAUAUGGUGAAGAUCUCAGGCCUUUGAGGUCCCCAUGGACUGGACAUCCUUUCGUCACCUGUAACUAAGCAAACUCAAAUACCACAAGAAGCUGAAUACAUUCAGGCCUUUGCUCAGCUACUAUUUUACUGUAACAAUAUACUCAGGCUCUGAGUUAUGAUAUAUAUAUAUUAACUCAAUCAUUUUAAAGUAGUUAUAACUGCACCUGUAAUAAACAUGUUAAUAUUAGAUUAUGAUAACCCCUAUAAUAUAACUUAUAACAUAAUGCCAGCAGCUUCAAUAAACACUUUGAUGAAAUGAUAAUUAAUGUAAUGUUAAGGAUGAUGGUUAUAUACAGUUCAGCAGUAAACUAAUUUCUUUAAAUAUUACAACACCAUCAAACAGUUUCACCCUAUUAACAGCAAAGACCUGGAGGACAUCUUAGGUCAACUGAACUCCUCCUCUUGCUGUUUAGAUGUCCUGCCAACAAGUUUUUUCAAAAAGGUCUCAAAGACUUUGGAGUCAGACCUGUUACAGAUCGUCAACUUUUCUUUAACGUCAGGUGUGUUUCCAGAAUCACUAAAAACUGCUGUAAUAAAACCUAUACUGAAAAAGGACAAUCUUGACAAGACACAAAUGAAUAACUACAGGCCGAUCUCAAAUCUCCCAUUUUUAAGUAAGAUCAUUGAAAAAGC